GUUUAGUUUUAAAUCUUUUAUUUAUCUCAAGCUUUUCUUCUGCUCCAGUGUUUCAUAAUGGUUAGCAUGAAAUGUUGCCAUACCUCACUUGAGGUUUGUUACGAGCACAUGGCUCCUAAACUGCCAUUCAUUCAGAUGGUAUGUUAGUUUUAUCUGCAAGAUCAAGUUUUUAUAUAUAUAUGUAAUGUUAACAUAGGUAUAGUUCCUGCAAAGCAAUGUCAGGUAACUCAGAACAUGAGCCUAGACAGAACAAACUGUACUGCUUUUUGAAUUCCUUUCUCUCUGGUCUGUUGUAAAGGUUACUAAUCUCUGGAGAAAGAUAAUGGAUCACAUGUUUGGUGAAUAGAUUUUUGGGUUUUCUGCUUUAUCUGCUAAUUUUAAAAUCUUUUAAAGUAAGCUCAUAUAAGCAGAUUUUAAUGUGAAAUUUAUGGGAAGGGCAAAACCAAUAUGUAUUUACUCAUUUCCUGUCAUAUGCUUAAUACUGCAGUAGCUGAUUAUUUAUAUUCCAUGUGCUUCCUUGCACAAGCAAGUUAAAUCUGGAGUUACUCAAAUCAUUAGCUGGAUACAUAGAGUACUUUGAUAUGGAAUGGACAGCAAGUUCCCUGUGUUUCUUCACCUCUAAUUUUCCUCUUCCGUGUUUUUACAAAAUGCAGAAUUCAGGUGCAUGUGCACCUGAAGUACCACGAGUCACACAGAGCAGUAAUUGCCUUUCUGUAAAGGAUGUCACUUGACAUGGAAUAAGGGCAGGUUACAAAAACACUCUUCAGAGCCACUUUAAUUUGUGUGUUGGGACAUUAAACAGAACUCUCAUUAAAAAGGUAGCAUUCUAACAUUGGCACUGCCACUUCUGUUCUGUGUGAAAACUUCCUGCUAGUGUUUUCUAAAAUAUUUUUGAAGGCUAUUGUGAUUUUAGCUUUGUACAGCAGCUCAGAUGGUUUUCAGGAUAAAAAAUACGCUAAUAUGUUAGUAGCCAAUGUUUGCCUUGUGUACAGCAGUCCUGUUGUUUCUAUUCUAGUGAAAAUCAAGUAUAGAACUUGCAACAUUUGGUAGACAGAGAAAAAAUUGCAUUUGCAAACAGGAUUACAGUUCCAGUACACAAGGUAUUAAACUAUGAGGUGACCAUUUCUUUAAUCUCUACUCUUUCUGCAUUAUAUUGCAGAAAGAAGCAAUUUAUAGUUUUACUUCCAAUUGGAGCAGCUUCUGCAUGAAGACAAAUGAAUAAAUAGAUAAAUCUCUUUAGUUUCCAUCCUUAAUUCUUCAUACUUCAGGAGCUUUGAAAGUUACAUGGGCAGGACUAUGUAGUAUUGCAAGUAAUAAAAACAUGUGUAAAAGUUACUGAAUUAAAGGCAGCUGAAUGGAGGUACACAGCAAUCAUAGCACAGUACAGAUAAUAACUGAGGUAUUGCCUCUAACAAAAACCGUGAAGCAAAUGAUGUGCUUUGACUGAGAACAAAGGUGCAAGAAGGUUUUUAUCAAUGGUUAUGCUGCUGUGCCCUGCUGCUACACACUACGACUUGGAACAGUAGAGGGAGACCCAGGAUGACUUAUUACAUCAUACCUUGAGUUUUUUGAUUUUGCUUGAGGUGUUUUCAGGCAGCUGAAUUACCAUGGAAAAGGGUACAGGCCAAGUCAGUGUUUCUGGCAUUUAGUUAGUAAACUUCAUUCACACUUUGUUCAAUUGUAAUGAUUUCCUUUAACUUUUUGGGGCAUAGUGGGAUAGAAAUUGUGAUCUACAAUUUUUUGAAGUGUGAUCAGUCUAUUUAUUUUUAAUAAAUAGUCAAAGUGCAUUUCUGCCCUAAAGUCUGAGAGAAAAGCUACCUCUUUGAAAUAAGGAAAUUUGCAUCUAAAGGCACCUUUGGCUCGGUCAGCUGUGCUGAUAGUUACUCAGUAUCACCUGUUCCCUGUUAAAGCUUAACCGGUUUGCUAAACUAACAUCCAUCUAAACCGUUGAAAUGUAAAGGAUUAUGUAUUAAAAAGCUAAUGCUACUUUUCUUUAUGUAUCAUAUCUUAAUUUUUUCCUAGGUAAAUGCCAAAAGACUUGAAAACUUCAGUUCUGUUUCCGUAAGAUUCACUGUGGUUCUGACUCAUUUAAAAUCAUCUGAAUUUUUUGUCUUGGUUUCCUGCAGUGCCCUAGUAAAUUAACAACUUUACUGCUUAGCUGGAAUAGCUGUGAAAGAGUGUUUGCUUGGCUGAUGUUCAUGCAGCUCUGCAAAGAAGUGGGUAGGUGUGUUCUUUCUGUGGCCACAACAAGGAGCAAGUGUGGGCAGUGACCCAUCUGUGAUCUUUGUAAUGCUGUUGACCAGUGUACAGGGGCAGUUUGGCCCAAGUCUGAAGGUUAUGUUUCCUUAAGGGAGCUUUAGCUCUUAAAAAAUCUUAAAGCUCUCGACUUCUAUCUAGAAGAGCUUAUCCUUUUCACUUACAGCUGAAGUGUAUUCUUGGGGUGUGUGCAAAAGGGAAAUAUUAAAAUAAUCUUGAAAAUCCUUUGCCUUUUCAAGAACUGAAAUUUUAGAUUUGGAUAUAAAAAUCAGUGCUGUCAUGUGGUUAACAUCUCUCAAGAAUUUUGUUUGAAUUAAAAUGCUCACAUCCAAAGCGGGUGUUCGAACUUUUCUUCUGAGACACUAGAUCUAUAGGAAUGUGUAAAGGCAGCUUUCAUUUUCCUGAGGUAUGAAAAUACUGAGGAGAUCAGCUAUUGAUUGUAUCUGAUUGGCAGCUCCUUUGAACCUAACAGAAAUGCACUGAUGAUACCAUGUAAAGGAUGUAGCUGCACACUGCGGGAACAGAUAAAAUGUGCACAAUGUGGCUUGGGGUGGGGAGGGAGUAGGUAGGACUGGCGCCAUAGGUUCAGUCCUGACAAAAAGUACUUGCUGCCGUUUAUGUUUGCAGGAAGGUUAAAUGUUUGCUCUUCUGGAGGGAUCCUGUAUAAACAGGGAUGAAGUAAAUGCAGUCAGAAUUGAGCUAUUGGUCUAAAGGUGUCUUGUGGGGUUGUGUGCCACCUGGCUUCUUCUGGAGCCUUGUGUAGCUUGUAGUUUUGAGCAGCCUUGGAACUUCUCGAUCUAGUGAUGACUUGUGUGCUCCAGUAUGACUUCUUGGAGUGAGUGACUGGUUUUUUUUGGUUAACAGACAGUGAACCUGAAUUGUUAAUGAUGCUGACAAAUGAGAAAUAUCCCACUUGCCUUAAAGGCAAGAGGGAGUGCAGCUUCUGUUAAAGUCUAUUGCUAAUAUAACCACUUGUGGUGGAGAGUGAAAGACAUUUUCCUGGCACUAGCAGAUUAUUUACAUGCUAAUAAAAUAAAGUAGAUUACUUUACACAGGAAACUUAAGAAUUACACCUUUUCAACACCCUGUCUCCCACAGUACGAAAACACACAGUCAGUCUGGCUGUUGUCCAAAACAGUGACAAUAUCCUGUUUUUGUCUAUGAACGUGCAGUCAGCCUCCAGGUUUUUGUUGUAAAACUUCAUCUUUUUUGAGUAAGGCUUUUGUAAAGAUGAGAAAAUAAUACUGGUGGCUUUGUAUUUUAAAUAUUUCUUACAUGUAUAUUUUAAUCAUCUGGUCCUAGUAAAUCAAAUCUACCAGCAGUUAAUCUGAUGGAAAUCAGGCUAUUAAGAUAUUUCUUUGACCAGUUACCUUGCUUUCAUCUUAGGUCCUGUAUGGUUUUAUCCACUUCAGUUUAUCUGAUGGUCUCAGUCCCAACAUAGAUUUUCAUUGGUAAUGAUACCUGUGGAAAAUUUUCUGCGAACUAAAUAGUUUUUGUAAAAAAAGCCACAAUGAUGCCGUUUUAAUAUUGUGAGGUAUUUUAAUAUGCUGAAAUAUGUGGAACAAUAUCUUUCUUGACAGGAGGUAUAAUUCAGGCAGUUUAGUUGUUUAAAUAGUCCUCAAAAAUAAGGGUUUGGGGAAUGAGUAUUCUUCAACAAAACAUGCAUGGCACGUUUGUGUAUAUUUGACCUUUUACCUUUAUCUUUAUUUUCUACUCAAAAGGUCAGUGUUCUCUAGAACUUUUAACUUCUUUUGUUUGUAGCAGCCACUGGAUGCUCAUAUCUCCUUAAUUUUAUGUUUUUAUGUAUUGCAAAACAAAAAUCAACAAAUAGCAUUUACUUAAGGGGCCACCUCGAAAGGCACAAAGGCAGUGAGGAAAGAAUUACCAAGCUAAUCACAAAAGCCUACGACCUUUACUCCAAUUUUCAAACACAAUGAAGACUAUCUCAGUGGCUUAAUUGAAAAUGUAUUAUCAGUGUUCAGAUUGUUGCAUCAUUUGGUUCCAAAAAAUAAUGUAAAAUAAAAUGGCUGAUGCAACUGCUCAGUAGACGCUUUUAUAUGAUGCAAGCUUAUAUUUACAGAAGAAAUGUCUUCAUUUCAGGUCCAGGGAGAUAUUUUCCUUCUAGUGCACAACUUUAGAAACCACAGGCCCUGAUCCUGCAGGCAAGUAGGUGCACAUUAAAUGUUAGCAAUGCCAUUUGAUUGUUUGCCUUCUUUUUCUAUAUUAUCAGUUCAGUAAUAGUUAUGAGGAACAACUUGCCUCUUCUUACUCAGUAUUUUGAUUUAAGUUUUUUUACAGUGUCAGACUGUGGAACUUCUAAGAACACUGAUUUGUGGUUUAAAUUAUUCCCCUGCUGCUGCGGGAGUAUUUAGGAAGGUUUCUAUUGUGGUACCUAAACCACAGGUGUUCUGCAUUCUAAAAAUCAUCUUGUUUCUGAAAGGGCACCAAAUAAGGAAGAAAAAAUGGGUACCUCAUGUUUUAUGGCUACAUAUUGCUGAAUACAGGUUUUAUGUACUUGUAAACCAGCUGUACGUAUCUUGAGGCCAGAUGGUACUGUACUCCUCUGGUAAUAGCCAGUGAAAAGAACUAAAUACUGAGUGGAUUAGUAUUGCUGCUAUUUGACUUAAAUAGUAAGUACUAAUAGAAAUUAUUUUAUGGUCAAUAAUAACCUAAGUACCUCAUUUAGAAGUAACUUUAUACUAAUUACAGAUACUGCUGUAGGCAAAUGAAUGCUUGUGAUUUUCAUCAAUUUUGAUAUCGAUUAGCAGGGUUCCUGCUAUACCACCAGAUGUGGUUGACAGCAGCCUCUGUGCACAGUAUUCCGUGUGCUGACGUGGUGUUAUUAUGUGAGCCAAAUAACCAUCUUGGUGUAAGAUUGCAGUUAGUUGCACAGGUCAGUUAUGGACAGGACUACAGUCUUUGCUUGAAACCCUGUGUUUAAAUUCAGAUUAAAGGUAUUUGGUGAUUGUAACAAUCACCAAACAACAGAUGACAGAAAUAAGACCUAUCCUAUUAAUUUCCUCAGCUGCCCAUGUGUACGUGUAUGUUCUCUCACAUCUGUGUUCCCUUGACUUCUUGUUAGGUCGCACUAGCCUUGGCUAAUGCAAUCCACUUAAAUCUCUUUGAGCUGCCAUUCACUUACACGUAUAAUCUUCUCUUAAGGCCACAUGAUAUGUCCCUCACUGUUACAUACAGUAAGUUCACUUCAGCUACAAGUUGCUUAGCUUGAUUUCUUCUGUCAGUUUUUAUUUUCCAUUGUGUUCCUCUUAACAUGUAUUUGGACCAAGCUUAUUGAUUUAGUAGAUAGCUGCUGUCGCUGGUGUACUGAUUCACUUGCAGUGCUAGCAGGAGUUGUUGGCAGGAAGAUCAUGCUUCUUUUUCUUGCACAAGUUGCAAGCAAACAUGUGAUGUGUUCAUCACUUCAUCCCAGAGUUGUUUCCAUUUCAGUGUUUGAAACUGUUACUACACUGCUUACUGUUUCUUCAGUUCUUCAAAGUUACUGUACAUCUGCAGCACCUGGCUUUUAAAAAGACCACAUUGAAUUUUGGAGGGAGAUUUGAGCAGCAUGGUGGAAGUGCCAGGAGAGUUUCCUGUGAUGUAAUCAGAAUUCUGCAUCAGGAAGUUUUUCUGGUUUUCCUUUGGUUGGCAAGUGUCUUAGUAGAUUUUCUACUCUACAAUCACAUGGGUUGAGCUGUCGAAAAAAGAAAAGCCCAACCAAACAACCCUACAGCUUGAAUUGAACUGAAACUAAAUACUCUGAAGAUGGCUAUGAAUAAUUCAGUUUCCUCUGUUGUAACAUAGAUGAAUCUAUUCUUUAAUUUUUUAUACUACAUGUAGGAGGAGUAUAAAAUCAACUAUGUGAAUAAGGGAGGGGAAAGUUCACAGUAGAAGUUAAAAUUUAGAAUUGAAAGAAUAUCCCACUUUAUGUAUUUAUUGCUUACUGGGCCAGCUUUUCAGCAGGUAAAGGACAACAUAAUGUCUUUUUGCAUAUUUUAGGGAUCGAGUCAUUAACUACUUAUAUUUAGGAUGUUCAGCAUCAAGCUGCAGCAAAUCGAAGUAGGAAGUUAAAAGAAUGUACUGUCUAUCUCCUAAAACUUUAGUGUUUCUGGAUGGGAAAGUAGGUUACACUUCUGCAUUAUAUUGCUAUAGUCCUUUGUCUUCUGAUGCAUGGCUGUCUUUUAUUUCUGUAGUCUUAUUUGUAGCUUGAAGCUGUAGUGUGUAACAGACAUAAAGAAGCUCUUAACUAGAGGUUGAAUUAGUGUGGUUUACGCCUAAUGUACAGGGCUUAAGUAAAGACUUGAUGAAACUAUUUGGAUGUAACUUCUCAAAACAGAGAUUUAGGCGCCUGGCUACCGUGAAUAUUCAGGAAUGACAGGAAGCUGAAGCUGUGUCACCCUCUUAAAUUAUCUUGGCAUAAUGCUUAAUGAUUAUCGUGGCGAGUGAAUGCUAUUAAUGACUAGUAAAAUAUGGAAUAGCAGUAAUGAGUAUUUCUAGGGUAUUUUAGGGGUACUUUAAGGUCAUAUAUGUAGCAUCAGAACAUUUCUAGAGUAACUAUGGGAAGAGGAUUUCUAGAGCUAUUUUAAAUUUUGUGUGUAGCAAAUCACUAGAGAUUAACAAUCUGUUAAUGACAGUUCGUUUUAAAAACCUUUAAAUUUAGAAUUCCUGUCUUACUGUUUAGAUUGGAGGAAAUAGACUAUGUAGCAUAAUAUAUUUCUUGUAAUAGGUAUAUUAAACUUCAGUUGCAGUGUCUUGCAAAUGUACAACUUGCUGAUGUAGUUACUGUUUUUUAAUAGAUCAUUGACCCGUCAAUCAGACUCUGACCAUUUCAGAGAUAAAAAGCUUGGCUUUCAUUGGCUAUUAGGAAUAGAGCACCUUUCCACAAAUUAGGAAAUGGUGUAAUAAUUAACAGGUAUAAUGGAUAUGUGCAUUCAGGUUUCAGGUGUAUCUCUAUGAGUUUUAGCUCCCGUUAUCUUUGGUGUAGUUAACCCACUGUCUGCCCACAGAUAAAUUAAAUACAGUAAAAAAAUGGAUUUUUUUUGUGGCAGUGGCAUUUUGCUAAAAUGAUUGAUAGAUUUUUGCUCAUCUUUUUAAAAUCUGUAAUGAAUUGUUCUUUCAGACUUUUAUUUAAAACAAGGUUCAGAACUUCACUAACAAACUCAUUAAGUGAGUAAUAAUUCCAUUCUAAAGCAGCAAAGCAAAGGUUCAUUAAACAGUUUUGCAUACAGAGAAUUUAGGUAAACUUCAGGUUUUUUUUUUCUUUCUGAUUUACAGACCUAAAUGAUUUUAGGUACUGAUGAUUCCUAGUACAGGAAGGACUUUGACAUCUUUGACCAAAAAGUCACUUGGAAGUUGCCAAAGCAGGUCGUUUGCUAGUGGACUUACUACAUGAAUCAGAAAGUUGGCAAACGUCACCAUUCCUAAGCUAAUUUAGGUUUUGAAAAUAUAAACUGUAUUUUAAUUGCAAACAUUCAUUAAAUAACACCAAGGUUCAAUUCCUUUGGUGUGAUCAUAGAAUCAUAGAACAGCUUGGGUUGGAAAGGUUCUUAACAAAAAUCAUCAAGUUCCAAACCCCCUGCCAUGGACACGUUUCACUAGACCAGGUUGCUCAGGGCCCCAUUUACCCUGGCUUUAAGUGUGCUGGCACUGCAAAAUAUGAAUCAGGAAAACAAAUCCUAAAUUUAGAGAAGUUACAGAACUGGAAAGUUAAGGAAAACUUCCUGAAUUUUUGUGUAACUUAUAACUCUUUAAACAUGACAGAAAACAAAAGAGAAGUGAUACUUAAAAUGAGGGGCUGAUAAAUUACUAUAUAACUGGACAUUUACCAAGUUCAUUUAAACUAAUAGUAACAUUUUCUACUUGACAUAGAUCUGUUACUUAACUUUUUCCAUCAUGUAUUAGGUAGCCUUUUAUCCACAAAACUUAUUAACAUCACUUCUUUAGGGAUUCAACCUCACUUUGCUUUGUCUUUCCCUUACCUGAUCUACUACUUUAGUGUUGAACUGUAAAUUCUGUCCUUCUGGUUAUUUGUAUAUUAUCAUUCUUUAUGUAACUCAAAGCUUUCAUAGGUUUGGAUAUUGUCCUUUAAGAGUUAUGUUCUUAUAAGACUAAAUUUAAAUGUACAACUGUAGAAGUUUGGACACCCCAAUGUUUUAAGUAGUACUUGUUUUGUUAUGAGCAUAAAAGUGAGCAGUACCAGUCACUGGGUUUUGUAGCUUCUUUGUAUUUUGCCCAGUCUAAUUUUAGUGGUUGUAUAUUGCUUUUCCAGUGACAACAAUGAUAUAGCAGAGAUCAGCAUUCCAGGAUGUUUAUGGUUUUUCCAUGUUACAACGAGCCUUAUGAAUGUGCAGAUUUACCGACCCCUAGUGGGGUUGUUAGGAAAAUGGUUGCUAAUUUAAUUAGUGCUAAAUGAAAAAUUUGCAUCUUUUUCAAAUGCUGUAUUUGUUUUAAUGGUCUUUUCCUUCUAUUUACAGCUGGAUUAUCUCAAAAUUUUUCUGGUGUUCUCUACAUCUACGGAAUUGCCUAUUGCAGCAACUUCUAUUAGCAAGAGUACUCCCGAAACAAAUAGCUAUAAUCAGCAUUUUAAUGAACAGUUAUAGCUGUUUCUGCUUAUUUUAAAAUUAUAAUUAUACAGCAGAAAUUUAAAAAAAAAAAUCUUCUUUUUUGUGUGCUGUGUAAGUGGGCUAAUUUUAAUUAGCUAGAAAAGCUAGUAAUUUCUUGAGUAGUUUGAUACUCCGUGAAUGAAUUAAAGCAAAUCCUAAAUUUCCUGCUCAAGCUUUACUGACCUCUUAGUGGUUAUUAAAUAAUUACAAUUUAUCAGUAAUAGCUUGAAACAGUCAUUUCAUGCCAAAACAGCAUGUAAAAUAUUGCAUUCCUAGCAAACUUUCUAAAUAGCUCUAGUAUUUUAAUCAUUUAGUUGAAACUGUAAUUUCUUGGAAGAUUAAAUGAUCUCUUAACCAUGCUGUGAAGAUUUCUUAAAGACAUUUAUUUCACAGGAGUUAAAAUCAAGCACCGAAUAGUGAAUUCACAUUUGACUGUUUAAUUAGCAAUAAUAAAUGAAGACAAAUAGGUCAAUAAUAAAACUUAAUUUUAACUUCACUAUAAUGUGUUUCCAAGUGUCAGAAUCAGAAACUAGGUGUUGUUUUAUUUUUAUAAAUUCAUUUUUCUGUGCAAGUUUGACACAAAGAAAUAUUAAAUAUUUCUAAAGUAACUUCCAUACUUUAGAUUUUGUAUAUCUAUUUUUAUAGGCUUUAGGUAGUCGAGUAGUGCUUUUUCCAGGUAAACUAUGAAAUACUCCUAUGAAUUUUAGGUAUUUUUUUAAUUUUUAAGAAAAAGUAAAAUCUUUUUUUUUUUUUUUGCAUUUGCUAAUAUUUAUUAUUGUGCUUAUUUAUUAUUGUGCAUAAACCACAUUAUUUAAAGUCAAACUUACACAGCAGUCAAAAAUGUCAAAAAGACCACAAAUUCAUAUUUUUGUGGGAGCACCCAGUAUUCCAAGCCCACUGGAGAUGUUAGAGCAAAGUAAUUCAGCACCUACUGCUGAGAAAUGGAGAGAACUCCACUGUUUGUGUGAUACACAUGGGUUUGUUUCUGGAAAAGUCCAGGGUGCUGCUGCCCCCUCAGUGCUCCAGGCAGAAAGCUCCACAGCCUCAGGACUCCCUACAAAAGGGGACAGCACUCAGGCUCAGCAGGGCAGGUUCAUGGCAAAAGAAGGUUUGACAUCUCCUGCCCCUGCGGCAGUGACUUGUACCAACUUUCCUAAAAACACAAGUUUAACUUGCUCUGGUUGUCAGAUAUGCAAAGAUAGAUACACAUCUGCAGAUGUAAAUCAGGCUGCAGAUCAACACCUGCCCCAGACCUGUGCAGAAUCAGCUGGACAGGAUAAACCAUCACAUGGCUGCUGUCCAGACCUCACUGAGAGAAAUGCCAGUCAUUCAGGAGUUAACAGCUCUGACAUUUCUGAUUUGGUUGCCAGUACUAAGCAGGUCAGCAUCCAUCUGCAGUCUGUGGGAUUUCAGUCAGGUCAUAGAAGUGAACAUCAUGAACAUCUAAGUCAAUAUCUGGAUAUGUUUUUCAAAAAAAGUCAAGAGUCCAAAUCAAAAGAACCAAAUCACUGUGCAGACUUUGUGGUGUCAGCAGACACUGAAUUUCAGAGUGUAGUGACUUCGAGUCUGGUGGCUGUUUUUGCACAGGAUCAGAAUGAGAUGCAGGAAAGAAUUGGAAAACUAUCAGAAACAGAAGCAGGCAAAAAAGCUGAAGAAAGGCAGUGUGAUCGCUUCCAAUGUGAUUCUGGUGUUGGAACAUGUACUACUAGUGUGACUGAAAACGAAUAUAAGGAAGAGGAUGCAAGUUCUCUUGAACUUUUCAGUUCUGAGGAUGAUGGGGAAAAUGUUUGGACUGAAGCUACAAAACAAGAAGGAAGUGCUAAGGAACAUACAGAAAAGUUUCAAGAGCUUAGUGUUCCUGCUAAGCAAUUUGUAAAUGAAAUCCAUAUUGAGUCAUUGAGCUCUGGAAUACUGUGCUCUCAAGGAAACUGUUCUCACAAGAACUCUUCUAAAAGACCCCGCAAGUAUGAAGAUUCUUUUCAUUUUUUUCACUCAGCAUUUCAAAGACAGCUGAAAUCCAAGAGAGCUAAACUGAAUUCUUCUCCACCUGGUUCUGGGGUGAGAGUGGAUCUGGAGAGGAUGACAGAGUUCAAGAAACUCCAAAAGAAACUAUCACUACUUAAGAACUGCUGCAGCAAAAAUCAAAAGUACAGUAUUUUGGUCACAGUUGUACAUCCUUGUCAUAUCAAAGAAAUACAGGUGAAGACUAAAACAAAAUCUUCGUGUAAAGUUCCUGUUGCAACAAUUGUUGUUGUCGACCAGUCAGAAGUUGAGAGAAAGGUGGUGCUGUGGCGUGCUGCUGCAUUUUGGUCUCUCACUGUGUUUCCUGGGGAUAUUGUACUGCUUACAGAUGUAGUAAUGUAUGAGAAUCUUUGGUGUGGAGAAGUCAUGCUUCAGUCUACAUUUACCAGUCAGUUACUAAAUCUGGGGAACUGCUCAGCUCUCAAUCCUGAAGAAUUUUAUCCUAUAGUGGAUGGUGGUGUUCUCCAUGGCUUGUUGGCAUACAUAUCAUCAGAAUUUCCACACUUCAGAGACAUUCCACAAAGACAAGUUCAGAGACUGGAUGAUGUUCAGUAUGUGCAGCUAGAUCAGCUCCAGCCAAAUACUUUGGUGCACUCAAUCCUGAAAAUUAUCAAUAUUUCUGUAUUAAUAGAAUCUGUGUACAGCUACAGAGGUGGCAACCAAAGAAAAAUUAUUCUAACAGUAGAACAGAACAGAGAUCAACGCUAUAGGAUGGUUCUGUGGGGAGCAGGGGCUGCCUGGUGCCCUCAGCUUCAGAGGAAAAAAGAUCACAUAUGGGACUUCAAAUACCUUCUUGUCCAACAUAGUUCUGUCUCAGGUGACUUGGAACUGCAUACAACUCCCUGGUCAUCCUGUGAGUGCUUGUUUGAUGAUGACAAAAGGGCAGUUGAAUUUAAAGAAAAGUUUCAGAAAAGUCAAACAUCCCUCAUGGAGUUGACAAGGCUCUCAGCACAUUUGGAGGAAAAAUGCUCAGGAGUGAUUCAAGUGAAAGCCCAUAUCUUAGAACUGAAGUUUACCAUUUCCACUGGUCAGUACAAGCAACUCAUCUUCUCUGCUGACACUUCACUGGAGUGUGUUUUGGCUUCUCUGCCUAUGAUCACAUAUUCAGGUUGUGCCAAAUGUGGUCUGGAACUACAGGCAGAUGAGAACAUGAUCUACAAGCAAUGUAUUAGAUGUUUGCCAUACAACAAAGUCAAAACAUUCUACAGACCUGCUUUGAUGACAGUAGAAGAUGAAGGAUAUGAAAUUUAUGUUCAUGUGGUAUCUGAGUUGAUGGAAAAAAUCUUCCUCAAUAUUCCUGCAGACUGGCUGAAGAGAUUAGUAGUUCCCUCUUCAGAUAUAACCUACAGCACAAUAGUAGCAGAUCUGUGUCAUUCACUGCUGGCAGAUACAGAAGCAUCCUAUUUGCUGGAAAUCAGAAGCCACUUCGUGCUAGAUGAGAACAGCUAUCCUUUGCAAAAGGAUUUCCAUCUGCUAAAUUUUCAUCCUGAUCUGUGAGCUCUGCACUAACUGAGUAACAAAGACCAUAAGGACACACAGAUGGGAAGCAGAAGAAAAAUGACUUAGCUGAAGGAAGCAAAUCUCUUAAAAAAAUGAUAAUAAAGGAUUUUGGUUUUAACUUACAAAAAAGCAAAACCAUCAAAAGGACUGGUAUGGAAUAUCUGCUGGUAGUGUAUACUGCUGGAGUAAUACUGAUGAAUUUUCAUAAAGUAUAUUUUUAUACAUGUAUUUUUAUGUUAAUAAUUAUGUUAAUAAACUCCAACAAUUUCUUCA